GUAACAGCACUUUGACUUGGGCCAUGUGUCGCGUCCUUCCUUUUUCCUUCAUCAAUCAGAAAACGUUGUGUGGCAUAAAUAACAUUCAGCUCAGCGCCCUGCUCUGUAACUCUUAACUUCGCUCAUAACACCACAAAACCCCUUUUCUCUGCAUUCUCUCUCUCGCACUCCCAAUUUUUCAAAACCGAAAUCCUCAUCCUCUGUUAUACCUAACUCUCAUAAAUUCUCUGAUCUGGAAAACAAGAGACAAAGAUUGAAGAAGGGACCAUCGUCCAUUCAUAUACGAUUUAGCGGGUCCGGAGCUAUUCCGGGCCCACCACAAUCGUUGCUCAGACUUAGGGUUCUUCUUUCGUUGUUUUGUUUUCAAUCGUUGAUUUUUUCUUUUUUCUUUUUUCGAGUAAUCGAUGGGGUCGAAGCCGUGGCUUUACCCUGCUCCUACCUAUCGAACUUUAGAAACCACUUACUGGGACACCGAUGAAGACGCACCUGGCCCUCGCUGUGGCCACACUCUUACUGCCGUUGCCGCCACCAAGUCGCAUGGUCCUCGCUUAAUACUCUUCGGCGGCGCCACCGCCAUUGAAGGGGGAUCUUCAUCCGCUCCCGGCAUUCGACUAGCGGGGGUGACGAAUUCCGUCCAUUCCUAUGAGAUUCAAACUAGAAAAUGGACUAGUCUUAAACCUGCCGGAGAGCCACCCUCUCCUCGGGCUGCACAUGCUGCUGCUGCAGUUGGCACCAUGGUUGUUUUUCAGGGUGGGAUAGGUCCUGCUGGACAUUCUACUGAUGAUCUCUAUGUGCUUGACUUGACCAAUGAUAAAUACAAAUGGCACAGAGUCGUUGUACAAGGGCAAGGACCCGGACCUCGCUAUGGCCAUGUAAUGGACUUGGUUGCUCAGAGAUAUCUAGUAACCGUCAGCGGAAAUGAUGGGAAAAGAGUUGUAUCUGAUGCUUGGGCUUUGGAUACUGCUCAAAAACCUUAUGUGUGGCAGAAGCUGAACCCAGAAGGUGACAGACCUUCUGCUAGAAUGUAUGCCACUGCUAGUGCCCGUUCAGAUGGAAUGUUUUUACUGUGUGGUGGAAGAGACUCUUCUGGAGCUCCGCUAUCAGAUGCCUAUGGAUUGCUCAUGCACAGGAAUGGCCAGUGGGAAUGGACCCUUGCACCUGGAGUUUCCCCUUCACCAAGGUAUCAACAUGCUGCGGUUUUUGUUGGUGCACGAUUACAUGUUACUGGAGGUGUUCUCAGGGGUGGACGGGCUGUGGAAGGUGAAGCAUCCAUUGCAGUAUUGGACACUGCUGCUGGGGUUUGGUUGGACAGAAAUGGAAUUGUGUCCUCCUCACGCCCAAACAAAGGUCAUGAUUAUGACCCUUCUUUGGAGCUCAUGCGUCGUUGUCGGCAUGCAGCAGCAGCUGUUGGUGUUCAUAUAUUUAUCUACGGCGGUCUGAGAGGAGAUACACUACUAGAUGAUUUCUUAGUGGCUGAAAAUUCGCCAUUUCAGCCUGAUGUUAAUUCUCCCGUAUUAACAGCUGACAGAGCUUCAUCUGUUACAAGCUCCAAACAAAACCAAUCUAACCUAAAUUAUUAUGUUACAGCACCAAAUAUGGAUGGUGGACCAGAUUCUCCCUCAUCUGGUGGCUCAGGCAUGGACAAAAAUUCCUUGGAGAAACUGAGGGAAGCAUCAGCUGCUGAAGCUGAGGUAGCAAGUGCUGUCUGGCAAGCUGUGCAGGCUAUAUCCAGUAGUCCUGCUGAAGAAACAUCUGUGUCAGAUGACAACUCACAAGCUGCAGAAACAGUUUCAGAUGGAAGUGACACAGAGGGAGAUGUUCGCCUUCAUCCUAGGGCUGUUGUGGUUGCUAAAGAGGCUGUGGGUAACCUAGGUGGAAUGGUGAGACAAUUAUCGCUAGAUCAAUUUGAAAAUGAAAGCAGACGUAUGGUUCCAGUAAAUAAUGAUUUGCCAUAUCCUACAAAAAAGUUCACCAGGCAGAAAUCCCCUCAGGGUUUACAUAAAAAGAUAAUUUCAACUUUGCUUAGGCCUCGCAACUGGAAAGCUCCUGCAAACAGGCGUUUCUUCUUGGAUUCUUAUGAAGUGGGUGAGCUUUGCUAUGCAGCUGAGCAACUAUUUAUGCAAGAACCAACCGUUCUUCAGCUGAAAGCUCCUGUCAAAGUAUUUGGUGAUCUUCAUGGUCAGUUUGGUGAUUUGAUGCGGCUGUUUGAUGAAUAUGGAUUUCCUUCUACUGCAGGAGACAUUACGUAUAUUGACUACCUGUUUUUGGGAGAUUAUGUUGAUCGAGGACAGCACAGCUUGGAAACCAUUACCUUGCUACUUGCUCUUAAGAUUGAAUAUCCUGAGAAUGUUCACUUGAUACGUGGAAACCAUGAAGCUGCUGACAUAAAUGCACUAUUUGGUUUUCGUAUAGAGUGCAUUGAAAGAAUGGGUGAAAGUGAUGGAAUAUGGGCAUGGACACGAUUCAAUCAACUUUUUAACUAUCUUCCGCUGGCUGCUCUUAUUGAAAAGAAAAUCAUCUGCAUGCAUGGUGGCAUUGGAAGAUCCAUCCACUCAGUAGAACAGAUAGAGAAGCUUGAAAGGCCGAUAACAAUGGAUGCCGGAUCUAUUAUUUUAAUGGAUCUUUUAUGGUCUGAUCCCACAGAGAAUGAUAGUGUAGAGGGUUUGAGACCAAAUGCUAGAGGGCCAGGGCUUGUCACUUUUGGGCCUGACCGUGUCACUGAAUUUUGUAAGAAAAAUAAAUUACAGCUCAUUAUAAGGGCCCAUGAAUGUGUCAUGGAUGGUUUUGAACGAUUUGCCCAGGGACAAUUAAUCACUCUUUUUUCUGCUACUAACUAUUGUGGAACUGCAAACAAUGCGGGAGCUAUACUGGUUGUUGGUAGGGGUUUGGUUGUGGUUCCAAAAUUAAUUCAUCCCUUGCCACCUCCCCUUCAGUCUCCUGAGACAUCUCCUGAGCGUGUCAUGGAUGAGACAUGGAUGCAGGAGCUUAAUAUUCAGAGGCCACCAACUCCUACCCGGGGUCGACCACAGCCUGACCUUGACCGUGGCUCACUAGCAUAUAUAUGAUAUAUAAUUCAUGACAUGAAUAAAUAUUUUUGACACAAUACAUAUUUUGUACUGUGUUUUUUCUCUAGUUGCAGAAAAACAAUUUCUCAUUAACAUACAAAUAGCUUGAGAGAGUGCAUAUUUAUGUUAGUCAAUUAGCGAAUGGGUGAUUUCUUGUGAAGAUUGGGUUUAUAAGACAUGGGACGUGGAUAAAGUGGAAGAGAUGUUAGUGUCCUCUCCGCCUCAACAUGGGGAUGACUUUUAGCGAGGGAAUAUAGUUGAUCAGUAUGUAUAUUGUAUCAUAAAAGAAAUAUAUAAUUUUGCCUUUAUAUAAAUGUUCAUAACAUUUGUAUCAAGCGUCUCUCAAGUUUGAAUUGCAUGAUUUAUUACUAG